CACAUUUAUCCAUAAAUGUUUUUCUAAAACCAAAACAAAUCACCUUUUUUUUUUUUUCUGAAUUCUCAGUAAGAUCGAAAGGAUAAAAUGCCUGUAAGAGUGGUGGAAGCUUCUUGCCAGCCUUCCCAGCCUUCAGGUGGAACUUCAGGAAAUACUUUGCCUGCAGCCUGUACUCUUCUAAGUGCCGGACAGGCAUUUUCUGGGACUCAGAACGUCUCAAGUCAGCAAAAAGAUGAAGCUUGGCGAGUAAAUGUGCGAAUUCAAGGUUGUGACCUUGAUCAUGGAUAUCUCUGUGGUACAAUGGAAGCUCUUAAUGUUCCUAUGGCAGAUACACCAGUAGUUACUUUCUGGGAAGGGGAAAUUGUUGAUACCAAGAACUAUACUUUCUUCACUGGCAAAUGGGGCGCCACAUCAGAAGAUGACAUAAAGCACUGGACCAAGUUUUCAUCGUUUUCACCCCUUUUGAGCCAAGUGGAGGCUGAUGGCGGUAAAUCACUGGACUUGAGUAACUACCCAGACAUAUUCAUGAGGUGGAAAGAACAAUACUUUGUGAAUGUAGGAACGGACUGUGGGUUAACAAUAGCUGGUUUCUACUACGUUUGCUUCUCCUGUAGUGAUGGCUCCAUCAAUGGCUUCUAUUACGAUCCUAAUAGCAGCCCUUUUCAGAAGUUGGAGCUGAAAUCCACAAAUGAAGGAAGAUUAGGUUUCAGUUGUUCCUCAUAUGAGUUGCAGUGAACCAUGUUAGGUGUGUUUUAGAGAAGGUCGGUUGAUAUUAGCUUGCCCCAAAACUUUGAUAUAUUAUUUCUAAGUCUUCCAUCAAUGGUUUCAAUAUGCACAUUAGACGCUUCGCACUAGAGAUAGAGGUUCCGAAAUGGAACAGAGGUCCUGAAUUAGUUGUCACGGGUCAAGUAGAUGAAGUAAAGUUUAAUAAUGGGUUGAGUCCUAGUGACAGUAGUCAUUUUGAUUUGAGAUAUGUUUUAGUGAAUAUCCUUAUUAUCAACUUCUAUCUAGUUUUUCUCUGGAAGACUCAUCUUUGAUUCGCUGGA